AUGCUCGGCCUUGCGCUCUUCCUCUCGGUGGCCACGACCGUGCCAUCGGCGAUUGCAGUCUCGUCGUCGCACUUUCGCCGGCCUAGCUACACGCCGUCGCCGCCAUUGAUCGACUACAAGCACCUGCCGACGUCGUUCGAGUUUGGCAUGGUCGCGGACCUGGACAAGCAGAGCC